AUGGUCAUCAACUUCGACAUUACCAAGUCUGUAGUUCCGGUGCUAACAAGCGACAUUUGUGCAGCACUUCCGAAUAUCCUCACAUUCGCUGCAGUCGCUCAAGGCAUAGAAAUUGUUGAAGACUUCGCAUUCGUCAACUGCACAAUGGUGACGUCCAUUCGCAUACACUACAACAAUAUCCAUAAAUUGGGCAAAGGAAUAUUUUCAACGACCAAGUUAUUGCAAGCGUUAAACAUACACGGUGCAUCGUUAGAAGCGACCGACAUGGUUGAACUGUUAAGCAAUCUAAGUGAAAUGGUUUCAUUGGUACUGAGUGCUAACGGAUUGACCGCGUUACCAGUUGAGGCGGUUAAAAAUAUGAAAAAAUUGAAAUAUUUGUAUCUCUACUCAAACAAUCUGAGCGAAUUGGAUGCAGAGGCUUUCGUUGAAAAUAUACCGAAUUUGGCAGCAAUUUUCUUGAAUGACAACAAUUUUCUGUGCCAUCGUUCAUUAGAAAUCUUCAGAGUUUUCAGAGCCAACGGCACAGACGUCAACAAUUUCACACUGAAUUCGUACACGAAAAAACGAGACUAUUUGCCCGGCAUGCGAUAUGGCAUAAUUUGUCUCACAGAAGCACAACAACGAAUUGAAAAUAUGAAACGUGCGUUGACGAUGUCACUGGACGAACUGAAGGACUAUCCGAUUGGAAAAGCGGUCAUUCAAUUAAAGGACGUCGUACAGUCCGAAUUGAUUGAGGCUGACAGAAAUAUUUUGGAACUAUUCGACGCACUGAACAAAGCUGCCGAAACCAACCGACAACGGAGCGCUUCUUUAUACCAUGUGGGAAGUCAAACAUUUAUGGAUCUGUUGCGACGUCUAUCGGCGAAAAAUAAUUUUCAUUUCCAUCGUGAUGCCGUACAACGCUUAGAAACGAUCCGAUUGGCGCCGGACCAGCAACAAGAGCUUGCCGAAAUGAUCACCGAUUUGCCUACGCCAUCGGUCUACGUGAAACACGUCUGCUACACCAAUUUCACAGAGUCAGUAACAUUGCCAAUUUUCUGCUCCUUUCGUUCAUUCGAUAUUGUUCGUGAUCCCGUCGAACGGGUCAUCAGUUGGUACUACUAUGUUCGAGCGCCGUGGUACUACGUCGAACGGAAAGAAGCUUUUCCCGAUCUGCCGUUGCCCGAUCCACGUUGGUUGCGAAAGGACUUCGAGACGUGCGUUCUGCAAGGUGACCGAGAGUGUACAAACAACGAGGGCGAAACGCAUGAAGGAAUCGGCGAUCAUCGACGACAGAAUUUAUUCUUUCGUGGACACAGUCAUGAGUGCACACCGUUUAACACUGUUGGAGCAUUGGAAUGGGCUAAACAUGCAGUGGAAAGUCAGUAUGCUGUCGUUGGCGUAUUGGAAGAUCUCAACACAACGCUAUCUGUGUUCGAAAAAUAUGUCCCACGAUUUUUCGACGGCGCUACUGACGUAUACUACGAUCAACGGGACAGCUUCAAUAAAAUCAACACAAACGCAUUCAAACCACCCGUCAGCGAACGUGUGAAGGAAAUCGUACGAAGAAAUUUCACCAGAGAAAUCGAAUUCUAUCAGUUCUGCAAACAGAGGCUGCACAAGCAAUAUUUGGCUGUUAAUUUGCCGUUGAAAUGAGUGUGUCGCGGACUGUAUUACAAGCAGUGAGUGGAUUUCUAAAGACGAUGGAAAAUCUGAGUGAAAAAAUAAAUUGUUUCCGGUUUGCAUUGAGUUUACACAUUGAGUUUAAAUAUACCGCACCGCCAAGCGAAUGAAUGUUUUUCCAAAAUUGUUGAAGUUUACAGUUGACUGAAAAAUUA